AUGCAAGAAGAUGAACUCUAUACAAAGAACAGGCUAACAUCCUGGAAGCGGACAUAUGGCCUCCAAUUGAGAGCGUCCGGCCUCGUAAGGACAUUGUCGCAGAACAACCCGAAUAACUAUGGAACCAUCGAAGGUCUCCUCUACGUCCCCGAUCUCCCACCCUCGGAUCCAUGCGACAAUGCAACUAGAGCACUGAUACCUUCUAAUGUCACGACUCGAGCUCAGAUCCCUGGUCAAAAAUACCCACUUAUUGCUUUGGCACCAUGGACGCAAACGGCGUGUGUAGAAUCAUAUCUGGCUGCGAUGGCUUCCGACAACGUCCGGGGAGGAAUUUUCUUCCACCCGGGUAAUGAGAGCGAACAACCACCACCAGUCAGUGACCCGUCAUGGAGCCUUAACGACGGUGGUAAUUGGAAGGGCGAAAAUCCGUAUCCGGUGUACGCUAUCCCUGGCAUGCUCGGUGCAUUCCUCCUCGACGAGCUCGCACAAUAUUCAGGCAAUUUGUCGUCAUCCCCCUACGGCAAGGAAUUGGAGGAUUUAUACGAUUCUCACGACGUCGUUAGGCUCGUCGCUAGAAUCGAUGUGAGUGUGACAGGUGGGAUACCGUCUUUGUGGGUAUUCCUGAUUAUAGUUCUGGCGGUCCUUCUCGCUGUGGUGCUGGUAACAUCGGUCAUCAUGCACUGGGUCCAGCGCAAGCAAAGACGACAACUUCAGCAGAGAGUGGCCAGAGGGGAAGUCGACCUCGAAGCACUGGGGAUAAAAAGGCUCAAUGUCCCGCAAGAGAUACUCGACAAGAUGCCACAAUGGAUCUAUAUUUCCUCAAACAACGACAGCAAUGGCGAAACAGGAUUGAAUGAGUCGGUCGCGUCUGCGGAAAAAAAUUCCACCGACACGACUAUAUCUGCAAAGGCAGUUCGAGAAGCCCCGUUCAGCCAGACGACAUGUCCGAUCUGUUUGGAUGACUUUGUGCAUGACGAGACAACAGUACGAGAGCUACCGUGCAACCAUAUUUACCAUCCAGAAUGCAUCGAUCCGUUCCUUCGAGAAAACAGUUCUCUAUGUCCCUUGUGCAAGAAGACAGUCCUUCCUGCAGGUUACUGUCCUGUUCAGGUGACCAAUAUAAUGGUCAGGCGGGAACGUCUGCUACGAAGGACGAGGCAGCGCGACGCCGAGGACAAUCUUGCGGUGAACGGGUCCAGACUGCCUGGGGUUACCGCUAUCAACCGGACAAUGCGGCAGUUCUCAAAUCCACUGACGGCUUCGCGGCAUCAACACGGUAGUGCUGCAGGCGAGCACACAACAGGAGCCGAGAUGCAAGCUCCUCCACAGAGACAACAGACCCAGGUAGACGAUGAAAUGCCCGCGGAAAUCAGGGCCCAAGGGACGUCAGCCAGACGUGCAUGGCGUCGAGAGCGGCUCGCAAGGCAGCAAGCUCGAGAAUAUGGCCAACAAGCAGACCAGGCGCGAGUGGUGGACGAAUCAAGACCGUUAUGGCGCCGAAUUGUUGGACGGGUGUUUCCUAGCCUGGAAUGA